AACCCAAAUUACAAUCGCUUUUUGUGGACAAAUCUUUAAUCUUGCGCAGCUGUAGCCACACUCAGGAUCUUCAUGUUUCAAAACUGGACGUUAUCGCUGGCUGGCUAAGCCCAGGGUUCAGGGUGUUUUUAAUUUUUAUUUAUUUAUGGUACCUUAGAGCCCAUGUAGAUUUUUGUGAAGGUAAAAAAUGAUGUAAAAUCACUUCGUGUCUCGGCAGCCUAACCAAUCCUUUCCUCUUCCAACAAACCAAACAGUGUUUCUGGGCGGAAACAAAUUAGAAGCAAAUCAAGGUGACACCCAAACCUCUAGACUCUCUAGACCAACUAUAAACUAAGCUAAUUAUAAGUAACUUAUUCUUUUUUUUUUAGUUCUGGUUCUCUAGUUUAAAUGUAAAACAACUUACCUCUUACAUUGACUAGGAGCUUAAAGCUUAACGUUUUAUCUGUUUUAAACUUUCAUCUUGAUUUUAUAUGCAGUCAAGAUUAAUUUACUACCCUUCUAAAGGAAUUUAAUUUGAUGCUUUUUACUUUUUAGAGUGUAUUAAGGAAAGUUUUACUCAAGAAAAUGUGUUUUUUCUGACCUAAAAAUAUAUUUAUUUUAAGUGUCAUGUUUUAUUAAUGAAAUAAACUGCAAUUGACAAUAGUAAGCUGUUGCACGUUGUCAUAAACCCUCCAGUAAAUAUCUUUAAAUGCUACAAAACACCAGUUUAAAGCCUUGGAAAACUGCUUAAAGAAACAUUUGGUUCCGUAGAGACGAAAGGAGACACAGGGUAAUAAUACAUUAUGGUUCUGAUUUUUCUUCCUCCGUAAGUGUCUCCGUCAACAUUAACUGGGAAACGCCCUGUUGUCUGUUCCCGGCAGAUGAGAAUUUCAUUCUCAAACACGACCGAGCCUUCCUGCUGUCCAUGGCCAACCGCGGGAAGAACACCAACGGCUCGCAGUUUUUUAUAAACUCUAGCAUCCUGCUCUUCCAAGCACAACUAAAAUGGCACCUCACCUUGAUGGCGUCCAUGUCGUCUUCGGUCUCGUCAUCUCUGGGUUUGAAGUGAUCAAGAAGAUCGAGAAACUGAAGACGGACUCAGCUAGCAGACCCUACGCUGAUGUGAGAGUGGUGGACUGUGGCCAGCUGAUCACCAAAUCUGCUAAUGACGUGCUCGAGGGAAAGCGGAAAAGAACUUCAUCCCUCAACUCCAACGACUCGUUCCGUUUUUCCUUGUCUGAAAGUGAAUCAGAAGAAAAGCUCAACUAUCAAAAGCAGCUGACGAAAGGUAAACAGUCUAAAAAGAAAAGGAAGGAAGGAAAAAAGGUCAAGAAAACAGAGACUGUCCCUUCCAAGCAAAGGUCUGUCGAAAAAGAGAUGGCCGAAGGUGAAAGUAAACCUGAAGAGGAGAAGGAGUCAGGUGGGAAGAGGGAGAAGCUUGUUGUUCGACCGGAGGAAAUCCCGCCUGUGCCGGAGAAUCGCUUCCUGCUGCGCCGCGACAUGCCAGCGCAGGAGGAUAAAGCCGAGGCUGUCGAGAAAGAAGAAAGUGGUCCUUCAGCUGACCAGAAACCAGCCGUGACGAAGUCUGGACGGAAGAUCAGAGGCAGAGGAACCAUCAGAUAUCACACCCCUACAAGGUCCAAAUCACGGUCUACAUCUGUCGAGGAGCGCGAAGGCAGUGAAACUCCGCCACAUUGGAAAGUGGAGACAAAGAGAACCAAAGUUUUUCCUCCCCUGAGCCCGGAGAGGUGGAGCAAAGGAGAUAAACUUAAAGAGCGUUCCUCGAGCAAGUGGGAUAAUAGAAGCGACUCUCCUCGGUCCCAGUCUGGAGAACGUUCCUCAGACCAGAGCUCUGAGAGGUCAAGCCAGCGCCGGCUGCCAAACAAAGAGAAGAAAAGAGCCAAACACAAGAAGAAAGCCAAAAAGCGCAAACAUGGCAAGAAGAAAAGCUCCAAGAACAAAUCUCGAGAACAGCACGAGUCGGAGGGAGAAAAGUCCGCGUCUUCAGCUAGGAGGUCCAGAUCCCGCACACCGAGCAGGUCUACCUCAAGUGAGCAUCCUCCUUCCAGCAAGAGGAGACGCCGGUCCUCCCCGUCUUUCUCCAAAUCCUACUCUAGGUCCUACACAUCGAGUCGAUCCCGAUCCCAAGGAAAAUCCAGGUCUUAUUCGCGGUCCAGAAGCUUCUCUAGAUCAGGAAGCCGAUCUUUUUCUAGAUCCGGGUCUCUGUCCUAUUCUCAGUCCCGGUCAAGAUCACGGUCGAGGUACAGGUCACGAUCUCGGUCGUUUUCUCAGUCCAGGUCCAGAUCACGGUCGAGAUACACAUCCAGAUCCCGAUCUUUGUCCUCCCGAAAGAGGAGUUUAUCUAGAUCUCCAAGGAAGAGGAAGACGACCAAAGCCAAGCCGGACGUCAUGAUCCCUGCGCCUGGGAAGGUCCAGGACAAGAAGAUCACAGCCGUUCCCAUCCUACCAGCAGUCCGGGUGACCGAAAGGGUCCCUGUGAUCCCGCUGAGCGACAGUCCUCCUCCGUCCCGCUGGAAGCCAGACCAAAAGCCCUGGAAGCCCUCCUACUUUCAUAUUCAAGAAAUCAAAGCUAAAGUUGCGGCCAGUAAGCCGUCUACCACUGCGCCCGCAGCGGACAGCUUCUCGGAGAAAGCCAAGACCUCGGUUACGGCAAAGGCCGCGGCAGAGGACGUUCCAGACAAGGCGGCACUCAAAACUACGCACAGCCCACGCAGCCGGUCCUCCAGAAGCAAGUCCUUCAGUCGCUCCAGGAGCCCGAGCUCUAGCAGGUCCCCGUCCAGAUCAGCCGAGCCGUACCGCAGCAGGUCGUCGUCCAGCAACGGAUCGAUCUCUGAAAAGGAGCAGACAGGUGGCAGCAACAAGAGGAAUUCGUUAGACAGAGAAUGGAAGGAGUACUACAGCUCUCUGAACAGAAUCAAGAAUUUAGACAAGUAUAUCACAGUUCACAAGAGUGGAGAUGGGCUCUCGGGUUCAGAAAAGGAGAUGAGCGGCGAGCGCAGCCCUGCCGUCGGCGUCUCGGUGGAGAACAAAAGGGACAACUCGGAGGAGACGAAGCGAAACGUUCCGCUGCCGGUAGAAAGCUUCAACAGCCGCUCCGAGUGGGACAGCGACAGCGACAAGGUGAGCCAGAGCAACGCCGCCACCGAGAAGCAAGCCGCUCAGUGCGGCACGACGCUGUCGGCUGGGUGGAAUUCAGACGGAGAGCCGGAGACGGUCACCAGCAAACGAGCGGCGGGGUCGGAAAAAGAGGAAGGAGAGGCCAGCUCCGAGUCGGACUACGAGGCUUUGAAAAACACAUCCAUAGCAGCGACGGAGCUGGCGAACAAAGCCGCGGCGGCGUCCUCUUCUUGUCCCUCGGACGACGGCGCUCAAAGGGAGCUGGAGCGCAAGAAGAGCAAGAAGAAAGCCAAACGGAAGCGUAAACACAAGAGGAAAGGGGAGGGCAAGACCAGCUCCCAUCACGGCAAGGACAAAGCUAAAAAGUCCAAGAGGAAACACCAGAAGCUCAAAGAGACCUUCCACUGGCAGCCGCCGCUCGAGUUCGACGAGGAGGAAGAGGAGGACGACGCUAAACGGGAGAGACGCAGCCCUGGCAGAGAGCUUGCAGCGCAUCCUGGGGACGAUUUGAGCAAAAAGGACCAGAAUUCAACCGAUUUGAAAAAGAGGCCCGCAGUAGAAGAAGAGACUGAGCUGAGAUCCAAAGAAAGCUACGUUGAAAACAAAAGUCCCUCCGAGCAAGCCGCCCACGGGAACAGUGCGAAGAACCAAGAUUCUUUAGAUGAUAUGGAGAUCUGCACUCCGGAGCACAACGUGGAGAUCAUUGAACAUCCCGUCACGCCCGAUCUGCCCAGCGCCGCCGCUAAAUUAACCCCAGGUUCUGCCUUGAAGCCGGCACAAGCGGCGAGCACCGACGGCGUGUUGCCUCAGAGCAGAGCGCAGCCCGAAAUCACCGCCGCAGCCGCCGCAGCGCAGGGUGAGGAACCUCCUGGCAGAGCCGCCAUCAAUUUCAAAUGGAAGCCGCUGAAACGCAUGACGGCCGUGCCGGAGGUGACCGUCCAGGCGGUCGUGGAGAAAAGCAAACCGGCCAACGAGAGCGCGCAGCGCCUCGCGGCACAGGGCGUGAAGAUGGAGAUAAAGAGCAAGAACCGCGUCCGACCGGGUUCCCUGUUCGACGAGGUCCGCAAGACGGUGCGGCUCAACCAGAGGCCCAGAAACCAGGAGAGCUCCAGCGACGAAAGCUCCCCGUCUGCGGGGAAGGCCAGAGGCGCGUCCCGCUCGCCAAAGAAGUCCAGCUCCCUGUCGAGAAAGUCUCGCUCCGGUUCCAGCCACCGGUCGCGCUCCCGAGGCUGGUCCCGCUCCUCCAGCAGAUCCAGAAGUCGAUCUCGCAGCUACAGCUACUCCUCCAGGAGCCGCAGUCGGAGUCGGAGGACCCGGAGACGGGGAAGGUCUCGCUCUCGCAGCAGCACAUACCGCAGCUACAGCAGGCACAGUCGGUCGUACAGUAGAAGUCCCUCCAGGAGCCGCUCACAUCAUCGCCACAGGAGGUCCAGGUCUGACUCCUAUGACAGCUAUUCCAGUCGGAGCGUGAGCAGGAGACGAGGCCGCAGGCGAAGUGAGAGCUACAGGAGCUCUGAGCACCGAUCGCGGUCGUCCCGCUCGUCCAGCCGCAGUUCUUCCAGACACAGGAGCCGCAGCAGUCGCUACAGCUGAGGGCGGGAGAGACGCGCAGGUCAGCAGCUGGAGCGCCAACAGGAAGGGUUCCUCGUGUUUUUUUUUACACCGGUUUCCUUAUGGGAGAUGAAGGGAUGGACUUUAAAGUACUAAAUGUGAAAAGAUCUUCCUUUAAGUGCCCGACAGCAGCCGGUUGAACAUCUGCAGCCACCCUGAUGAAACGUUGCGUUUGCUACGAGAGAAAGGCGUCGGAAGUAAUUGACAUUAUUGUAUAUAUUUAUCUAUUCUUUAACAUUUGCUUCUUGUACGCUGAAUGGUGUAACUGUUAUACUGUUUAAAUGUCACACUUUCAAUGUGUUUGAGCAGGAAAAGGGGGGUGUCUUUUAUUUCUAACUCCAUGUCAAGAAUAGUUGUUUCUGAAAGGACAGGUGAAUGUAGAAACUGUACUUAAAAUGUAUUAUCUCCGAUUUUUUUUUUUUUAAAUGACAUUACUAAAAAAAAAU